UUGCUAAGUGAAGCUGGAGGAGGCUGUGGCGAGAUGAAGACCAUCAUACUGAGCCUCUGGCUGGCCCAGUUCUGCUUGCUGCGUGUGGAGGCUGAGGACCAGGGAGCUGCAGAGAUAGACAAGAGCAAGAUUGAAGGGAAAUGGCACAUUGUUGCUCUGGCUUCAGACUCUGAAGGCUAUCUCCGUAAAAAGGAUGAGCUGAAGAUGGCAAAAGCCAAUAUCUCACUGCUGAAGAAUGGUAUUCUGAAGGUGUCCGUGGCCAUUCUCACCCCAGAGGGAUGUAAGAAAUCAGAGCGGAUCUUUAAGAAAAUGGAUGUCCCAGGUGAAUUCUACCACUCUGAGAGAGAUGACAGAACAGCGCAGGUGAUGGAAACCGACUACAAGAGCUAUGCAAUUAUAUUUGUAUCCAGAGUGAAGGAUGGGAAGACCUUGCGUAUGCUGAGGCUCUACAGCAGAACCCAGGAGGUGAGGCCCAAAAUCACAGAACUGUUCAGGAAGUUUGCCAGGGAACUGGGCUUCACUGAUGAAAUGAUCAAGAUGCUGCCCAGCCAAGAGGAAUGCGACACCGAAUAACUAUAGGAGGCACAAGGCUGGCUGACAGAUGCGCCUCUCUGAGAAAGACAAAACCCAUGCUCUGAAGCUCCAGGCUGCCUCUCUGCCAUCCAUCUUCUGGGCUCAGUGAUCAGGCUUCUGACACAUCUUCUGCUUCUCCAGUGUGUAUUCCCUUCUCUUUGAUAAAUAAAAAGAAUCAAGACCUCCCCCUC